AUGAGCUCGAUAUUCCAAAGCUUCCGAGGCAAGCAAGCGCUUCCAGUUUCGCAACCUGAGGAAGGAGGCAUCCGCAGAAGACUCUCUUCUCUCAACUUCCAACCUAAUAUCUCUUCCCCAGCCACCGCUUCGUGGGCUUUUCCUAGAUCCAAAUCUGUAUCUUCAAUGGGAGAAUAUGCCGGCAAUUCUAUAAGGAAAUGGUGGGAUUGGGGAUGGACCUGGAUCCUCUCCAGAAAACCUACUUUUGCCAAUGAUCUGGAGAUGAAUGAGGAAGAAACAACAGUCCUAGGUUGCAACAAUAAAGGCAGCUUAGGGCAUGUUUUCUACAAGGUAAGGUCUGAAUUUAGAAAGCUCAUCGGAUCCGACAACGUUGGCCUUCCUCAAACUUUUCGCUACGAUUCCUACAAUUACUCCAAGAAUUUCGAUAAUGGAAGCAGAUCGACAAUCCUUGCUCACUGA